AGAACUGAGUCCAGACAGUUAGCCAGUUGUCAACAGGCUGAGCGAGGAAACGAGCCGUGGAUGCAGCCUGGUACGUGGAGCUGAGACGGGACUGCACGUCAACGUUACCGCCUUGAGAACAAAACUCAUUUCGAGAGUUCAUUUUGUUCGCUGUAUCCAGAUACAAAUGAAGUCCCCUUUGCCACGAAGCCCCCUGAGCAUCACAGACAUGUGAAACUUGACUCUGCAGCAGGCAGAUGCAAGUCCCAGGCUGGAUUGAAUGGCUCUGAGGAUACAAGACUUUGACUCAGUGGGAGUACUGCAAUGACAAGCAAGCAUCCUAGCCAUGCAGAGAGCGCUCACUCCAAAGAAAAACCGCCACCUGCCUUGUCCCCCAAGCUCCAUGUCCAGCGAUCGUCAUCAAAGGACACCAUCACCAUCCACUUCUCAGCUCUUGGGAAGGAGGAAGAGGAGGAGGAAGAAGAGCUUUACAGGACAAGUGUCUCAGCUACCUCAGCUGAUCUGGAUGACUCAAACAUUGUGACAGCCUUAGAAGCAAGUGAGGAGAUGUUUGAAGACGUGUCAUUGACAUCUGCAGCCGAGGUUACAGUCAUGGCUGAACCAUCCAGACUUUCUCCACUUUCUAGCCGUCACACUACUUGUUCUCCUACCCAAACUUCGCCAUCUCAUAAUGCUGGGAAAAAAGGCUCAACCUCUAACUCCUCUCCCACCAAAUCUUUGAGCUUUCCCUCCAGUGACAAACCCUUCUUCAGCUUGGUGAAGUCUCUCUCCUCUGACGUUAAGUCCCGUGAUGGGAUUCCUCCUGUUGCUGCUCCGACAGUAAGGCAUAGGCACCUGAUGAAGAGUCUUGUUAAAUCUCUAUCUUCAGAUACAUCCCAGGACUCGUCCUCUUCCUCCACACCCUACCGUCUUCCUGAAUCCCGCCUUAACCUGCAACUCUUCAAGCAAUUCACACAGUCCAGGAUGCCAUCUGCUUCCACGUCGUCAUCCACUGAUUCUAAAACGGCCCCUUCCUCUCCGUUAACUUCACAAGAUAACCGCAGCUUCUUCAAUGUCUCAGAAGUUGAGGCAAAGAUUGAAGACACUAAGCGGCGUUUCUCUGAGGCUUUCUCCGAGCCGCUCCAACUGCUGAGUAAGAUGAUGGAUGAAAAGAGUGGCAGCUUAGUAAGCAGCAGUAUUUACCGGCCCAAGGCCGUCUCUGCAAGUGCCUCAGAGCUCUCCAGCAUUACUUCUAUCAAUGGUCACCUGGAGAGCAACAACAAUUACUGCAUCAAGGAGGAAGAAGGAGGUGACCUAGAGGCUGAGAGCCCCAACAGCAGUGCUUCUGGUACAGCUGAGUCACCUGUUAUCCCCUCUGUUGACACUAAGAGCCCCAACAAAUCUUUACUUUCCAUGUCAUUAGACAAAUGCUCUAUGUCCGCUCUUGCUAAGCAAGAGAAUGAUGACUUUUGCAUCCUGUACAGUGAGGACUUUGAGACUGACACAGACGGCGAUGGUGGAAAUAGAACUGAUGAAACUGGAACUGGGAGUCCAACUAAAAUGCCACUGAGUGGUAGUACUGAACCAUUCAGUGAAGACGAUUCAGAAAGUAUAGAGCCGGCGCCUAGUGUUCCACACUAUACUCUCAUCAUCUUUACUAUUCUGGUCUAUGGGUAUUUUGUAUUACCACUACCGAAUUAUGUAGGAGGAAUGCUGCUUGGGAUUGGAUUGGGAUUUUUUUUUGCCCUUGGUGUUGUUUGGCUGACAGGACCAAAACCUUCUGGCAGUGCUUUUAGACAGUCCAGAUACCAUGGAAAGCUGUGGAAUCUGACCAGGUUGGACAUUAAGGAACCACAAAUAUAUAAGGGCUGGAUGAAUGAGAUAUCAUACUAUGACCCGGAGACAUACCAUGCCACACUGACACACUCUGUGUAUGUCCGGUUGGAGGGCUCCAUCAUUCGUUUGAGUAAACCCAACCAUAAUGUCGCCCGCCGUGCCACACACAAUGAACCAAAACCCGAUGUCACCUACAUCAGUCAGAAGAUCUAUGACAUCACCAACAGCAGAGUAUAUCUAGCGCCUCAGAGCCUGGCCAGGAAACGUAUAUGGAAUAAAAAAUACCCCAUAUGCAUUGAACUUGGCGAACAGGAUGACUUCAUGUCAAAGGCCGAGGGGGACAGAUCCGAGGCCAGUGAAAGCUUUAACACGAGGGACAGAGCAGAGGGGACAGGAGGAGGACAGGAGCGAGGGUGGUCGUCUUCGUCCAGUAGAGACCUGACCCUCUAUCUUUUUGGAAGGACUGGGAGGGAGAAGGAGGAAUGGUACCAGCGGUUUCUAUCAGCUUCCAAACUAAAGGCGGACUUAAAGAAAUCUUCAAGUUUUGCUGGGACUAAGAGUGCUCUGAGCUCUCACAGUCGCAGCAGCAGCCGUGGCAGUCUGGAUGAGGCACUGGCAUCUCAGCCCAGGUCGAAGGACACCUCAGUGCCAGCAGGCAGUGCCAAAACCAAACCGCUAUUAGACUACAAUGUAUACAUGGCCUCCUUACUGCCAAAACAGGCGGUAGUCACCCCUGCAGCUGCCAGCCCUGCUCUUCAGAGUCCUCAGAGCAGCCCCGGGGCUGAUAAGAAGCUUCAGAGCACACCUUCAGCUCAGGUACAACCCAAGGAGGAUGAGGAUGAUGAGGAGGAGGAGGAGGAGGAGGAGGAUGUUGCCUGGGUUAAUGCUGCUCUUGGCCGGGUCUUAUGGGACUUCUUGGGCGAGCCCUACUGGGCUGAUCUGGUCUCCAAGAAGAUUCAGAUGAAGCUCAGCAAGAUACGGUUGCCUUACUUCAUGAAUGAGCUAACACUGACAGAACUGGACAUGGGCUCGGCCACUCCCAGAAUCCUUGGGGCAUCCAAACCCUCCAUUGACUACAGAGGCCUGUGGUUUGACCUGGAGAUUUCCUACAGUGGCUCCUUUCUGAUGACCCUGGAAACCAAGAUGAACCUCAUUCGUCUGGGCAAAGAGGGAGAAAGUGUCCGCUUUGGGGAAUUUGGCAAAGACGGAUACAGGCCACGGACUUACUGCCUGGCUGAUAGUGACGAAGAGUCGUCUAGCGCAGGCUCCUCUGAUGAGGAAGAUUCCUCAGAUCUCUCAAAUGACUCAGCUGGAGCAGAGGGUUUGGUUGGAGGCCACAAACACAGCAAGAUCAUGCGCUUUGUGGACAAGAUCACCAAGUCCAAAUACUUCCAGAAGGCCACAGAAACAGAGUUCAUCAAGAAGAAGAUGGAGGAAGUGUCUAACACACCCCUCCUGCUUACAGUGGAGGUGCAGGAACUCAGAGGAAUGCUGGCUGUCAACAUACCGCCUCCACCCACUGACAGGAUAUGGUAUGGCUUCAGGAAGCCGCCUCACCUGGAACUGAAGGCGCGACCUAAACUGGGGGAAAGAGAAGUGACUCUAGCUCACGUUACUGACUGGAUAGAGAAGAAACUGGACCAGGAAUUCCAGAAAAUCUUUGUAAUGCCAAACAUGGACGAUGUAUGGCUGACUGUCAUGCAUUCUGCUAUGGACCCACGCACAGCCGGCGGACCCUUAGUUGGCCACACAGUGGACCCAGAACCGGCCCCUCCAGAGAUGGACAGCACCAGCCAACCAUGAAGAUUGUUUACAGUAUUUCCUAGAUUUUGUUAAGUCUGGGACUGGAGCCAAAGUCAAAAGAUCUAACGCUAAUGCAAAUCCAUUCCCGUAGAGGAUACUUUAUGAAAUUCAGAGGAACAAGGUAGAGUCGACCGAGGAAACACUAAAGACAACUGUUUCUUGCUGCCAGAGGAAAAGGUGACUUGACUUUGAAGGAUUGAUAUAACUUUAAGUAACUCUAUGGAAUAGGGACUGAAAUGUGAAGAGAGUCACGUUUGGCUCAGAAUUUAGGUUGGUAAAAGUUAAUAAGGGGAAUAUAUAUAGGGACACAUAAGCAUAUAAUGUCCUAUGAACAUGAUGAUGUGGAAGCAUUUACCAGAUGACACACAGCUAGCAGAUGACACGUUUCUGCUAAAGCUAGGGAGGGAGAUAGAGCACGGUAGCCCCUUUAUUAAUUAGAAAUACAGAAACUCGAGUUUUACAAUAUGAUAGUAUGUUGAAAUUAGAGAAAUUAAUUAAAUAUAAUUAGACACUAAUCAUUUUAAUGAUUAGUGUGUGAUGGAGUUGUCAAUUCCAUUGAUGAGAAUGAACAAAGUGUAAGCAGGAUAAGAAAAGUAUAUUGGCUCAAAAAGCUCAAAUACUUGAUGUUGGAUUUAUUUACCAUAAAAACAUUAAACCUUUAGGUGGCUUUAUGUUAGCAGUUAUUCCAUCAGGUGUUAGCAGUUAACAGUAUUAAUUCGUGCUGUGACGAUACCCCGAACAUCUUCCUUCUUUUGCAAAGAUGCCGUUUUUGAUGCCAAUGAUGCCCUUAUCCAUGUCUUUAUGGAAAUAAUGCUCAAGAACAGCAAACAUACAUUACCUGGAAAAGUGUCAUGCACUGUGUAAAUUCCAUACUAAUUACAAAUACACAUAGACAAUAAGUGCAAUGAUUAAAUCGCUAUAGUAGGAUCUUGUAUACUGUAAAUAUAAUAUAAAAGCAUAUGUCUGAUGAGAAGUUCGAGACCUCUAACAUGUCUAUUGAAUGUAUGUGUGGAUAGUUUUCGUUCCUAUUGUUAUUGUAUGACAAUAGUCUUACCCAGUCACGUUUUGACUGUGGUAUGCAAAUUAUUGCACAAAAUCUUUUUUGUUCUCUUAUGAUAAACACUAUAUCAUCUUGCAUAUCUUUUUCCAGAUGUGUCAUUCAAUCGUAUAAAGUACCAAGUGGUGUAUUUUAUUUAUACAUCAUUUCUGCUUAAUUUUGUUAAUGUUAAUGACGAUGAUGAUAUUGUUGGAAGUUCAUUUAAAUGAGCAACUUUGAUAUGAAACAGUGCUUUAAAAAGCCUCUACCAGCUAUACUGUAUGUACAACGAUUUGAUAAAGUUAAGGUACGUACUGUAUAGUAGAGCAUCUAUUGCCAAGAAUGUAGCCUUAUCUGCAGGUUCCCUUUCUGAAAAUACCUUUUUAACAGUGUCAUAGUUCUAAUUAAACCAAAGUCCUUUGAUUAGGCCUAAAGUGCCACAUCGCUCUCUGCUCAAAGGUACACAUCCUGUGGUGAUAGAGCAUUGUGAGGUAAUAUUUGCAAAUGCGCUACAAUACCUGCAUUAACAAUGUUUACAGAAAUUCUUACCUUGAUUUCAUCUUUUGCUCUCUAAGGAUACUAAAGCACUGUAACACAAGAUGGAUUUUUUUCUGUAUGACUGUCUUUCACUCUAUCCUUUGUCUACUUUUUGUAGAAGUAUUUGUUUUUGAAUGACUACACAAGGUGGGUUAUGGUUGUAUUUUUUUUUUUGUCUGCAUCUUUGGAAUAAACAAAAUGAAAUAAGAUUUUUGAGGAUAUAUGAAGAAAAUGUCAGGAUUUGUGAAUUAUUAAUUACUUUUUCAGAUUCUGUAAUUUUAAGGCCAAAUUCAGUGAUUAGCCAAUGUGUAUCUGCCUUAUUUAUAGAGCAAAAUAAAAGCAAAAG